AUGACCCCUGUUGGGUGUAAAAAGGGCGACAGCAUCACCAGCUUCCUAGGGACACAGGAGGUUUUCCUACUGACUGCUCAAUUCCAUGUCAAGUCCAAAGUGGAAGAUAUUGUCCUGGUUUUGCUGCCCUGGCGAGCUCUUGUGCUGCCAGCAAAGUUCCCCAUUAAGGUGCAAGCCAGCUUCAGCUACUUAGCAGUCCAACUCAUCAAAAUGGGACAAGCUGGCCAGGUUGUCAUAGAAACAGAUACGACCUAUGAAUUUGUGUUCCUCUCAUUGGACGAUUUGGAGUACAUGGUCAUUCAUAUGGUGGAGUUCUUGAAGAAAAUGUUUCCAGAUUUUUCUCCUUGGAAUCUACUCCAGAAUGCUUCCCCCGGCUUGCUGGACCGCAUACAAAAGAUGACGAAUUACUUGGAAGAAGUGCUACAGGAAAGCCAAGGGCCAUGUGGUGGAUUCUCCGAAGUGUAUGCCGUGCUGUGUGACUACAGCGGCCUUCCUCUGCGGGAGGAGAUCCAGUGGGAUGUGGAUAACAUCUAUCACAAGCAAGGAUGCAAAGAGUUCAACCUACUGGAUUUUGGAUACCUGGACAGCCAGGACGUGGCUGUCAGUGUGGCUGCCCUGGCUUUCAAUCGGUGGUUCACAAGGCUGCACUGCAAAGAUGUCAAGCUGAAUCUAGAUAUUCUGGACCAAAUCCUUUAUGUGCUCAGCAAGUCUGUGACUUUGGAAGAGCUGGUGUUGGAAAACUGUGGCUUGAAGGUAGAGUUUGCUCAGCGGAUGGCCCAGGUACUGGGCAACCAUCCUGACUCUCCCCUGGACAUGAUUAAUCUCUCUGGAAACCUGCUAGAGGACCGAGGCAUCACUGCUUUGAGCCAGAACUUUAAGCGACUCUUGAAGAGUCUCCGAAGCCUGUGCCUUUCUAGAACCUCCUUGACUUCAAAAGGAAUGGCUGUCCUUUGCCAGUCAUUACUCUCCAAUGAGCUGUUCAGAACCUCCCUGCGCCACCUGGACCUUUCUGGGAACCUGGGGAGCUUGGCUACUGAUGACGCUUGUGGCUUGUAUUUGUUCCUGAGCCAGCCAAAUGCCUUGGCUCACCUUGACUUAUCUGGGACGGACUGCGCUUUGGAUCUACUCUUCGGUGCUCUGGCUGGUGGAUGCUGCGGGAGCCUUGUCCACCUGAACCUCUCCAAGAACAUAUACUCCCACAAAAAGAACAGAGAGGCUCCUCCUGCUAUUGGCAAGUUCUUCAGGAAGGCCUCUGUCCUCCAACACAUUUCGUUGGCUGGAACCAAGCUUCCUCCAGAAGCUUUGAGAGCCUUGCUGCAGGGUUUGGCACGGAAUUCCCAGUUAACCGGCCUGCACCUGGACCUGAGUGGCUGCGAGCUGAGAUCCGCUGGUGCCCAGGUGAUCCAGGACCUGCUGUUGGAUGCCAGCUCAAUUGGGAAUCUGAAUUUGUCUGACAACGGCUUUGAUUCUGACAUGGUGACAUUGGUGUUGGCCAUCAGUCGAAGCAGGUCCAUCAGACACAUUGCUCUGGGGAAGAACUUCAACAUCCGGUCCAGGGAAGCCCUAGAUGAUAUUUUACACCGCAUUGUUCAGCUCACUCAGGACGAAGACUGUUCUGUCAAAUCCCUGUCAGUAGCAGAAUCCCGUCUGAAACUGGGAACCAGCAUUCUCCUGGACAGCUUGGGAAGCAGCAGCAGCAACCUGGUGACGCUGGACAUCAGCGGCAAUGCCAUGGGAGACUUUGGUGCCAAGAUCCUGGCCAAAGCCUUGUCUAUGAAUACAAUGCUCAGGACUCUAAUUUGGGACAGGAACAACACAACAGUGUAUGGAUUCCUGGAUGUGGCCCGUGCUUUGGAGAGGAAUGUCACUCUGAUGGUCAUGCCUUUGCCAGUGACUGAUGUGGCCCAGGCUUAUCGAAGCCAUCCAGAGAAAAUUGAGGAGGUUGUACACAAGAUACAAUCAUAUCUCACAAGAAAUCAAAUGCAAGAAGCCUUCCCCAAAGGGAAAUUGCAGUUGCAGCUAGACAACAUAGCCAGCUCUUCUGAACAGGUCAUGAUGCAGGCAUGCCAGUCCAUGCAGCAGAGCAUUGAGAUGCUCGCCUCUGUCCAAGACGUGGAGGUGAAAGCUGACAUCCUCCUGGCAAAAGAAGCCAUUGUGGAUGCCCAUCUUGCCAUCAACGUGUUACCCUUUUUAUACGAGGCAGGAAGCAUGACACACCAGAAUGGUAAGCUCCAGCUGGAAAACUUCAUCGAGGAAGUUUCUCCAUCAAACAGCAGGAAAAUCCAGGCCCUUGUGCAGACCAUGCUGGACACUGUGCAGAGUCUGUGCCCAAAACUGCUGCAGAAAAGCAGCUUUCAGGACCACCUGAUCCGCAGCGUGCCUGAGAAAGUCCUUCUGGAGCAACUGCGAAUGCAGGUGGACAGCAAACGAAUGGGGAUCAAGCAGUCAGUGGCUGAGGCCAUGGCCAGAGGUAUUGUUGAAAAGACUUUGGAGGAGCUGAGAAAUAUUCAGGACAAGCUGGCAAAGGAUCUCCUGAAACAUGAUGAGGAAUUGCAGAUGGGCAACACGGAAUGGUCUGCUUUCCUGGAAAGGCAUGGAAGUCUACAGACGGCUGCUGAGAAUGGCUUCCCAAGCAAUGUGGGAGACGCCGCCGCCGCCGCUGCUGCUGCAAAGCUGCCUGGCUGGCAUCUCCCAGGGUCUCUCCCCCACAUCUCUCCCCCUCCCCACUUCUCCCUGCCAGGUCUAUGGGAACUCGGUCUGAAGGUUGAAGCGGAAGAUAACAAGAUCGGGACUCCCCAGGCUGGGCUGUCACUCAGCCGUGCCUCCUCCGCCAAGUCACGCCCUGCCUCCACAAAGGAUGCUGAGGCGGGGAGCGGGCUGCUUCCUCGCGCAGAGCCUGCAUCCGCACGAUCCCUUAUGGACCUGCCGACUGCGGGAGAGAAAUUGGAGCAUUUCACCCGAGGCAGGCCCCGGCCCAAUCGCAGGAACAGGCAGCCCCCCAGCAAGCCCAAUGUGCAGCCAGCAGUGCGUGAGAACGAUGAAGACCGAAGCAUCUCGAGGCUGGAUGAAGGCUUAGAUGACUUCUUCUCAAAGAAGGUGAUUCAUGAACAGUUACCCCCUGUUCUGUCAGAAACCUCUCCGGUAUUGGCCGCGCCAACUUCUUCUGGCUCUCGGACCCUCAAAAAGAAAAUAGGACACUUCUUUGCCUUCAAGAAGCCCAAGUCGGGCCGGGCCACCAGGCCAGAGAAGGAGCCCGAGGGUAGCCCUUCAGCCACGAGGGUCAGAAGGCUGAUGCUGAGCGACAUUCUGAGGGUUCCCAGCAAAGCCAGUGAAUCCCCGAAAAGACUAAGCAAGUCUGAAGAAGGAGGGCUGGCUGGGGACAGCAGAAGCCCCCUGGAACAAAGUCAGACCCCUGACAGUUCUCGCAGAACCAGGACUAAUUACUCCCGGGAGGGAAAAUCCCAGUCCUUGAUACUCCUGUCCGGGGAGGAUGAAGAGUCACUCGGGGUGAGACACGAGAAAAAGAGGCUGUUCGAGAGGAGCGAUGGAGAGCUGCCCAGUUCCUUUGAGCAGAGGGUCCAUGUCAUGCUGCAUCGGAUCGGUGUCACCAAGGUGUUACCUUCCGAAAACAAAAAGAAGCAGAACAAAGAUGGGGAAAUCAAGAAAGCUGGUUCUGAUGGGGACAUCAUGGACACCUCAGCAGAGACUCCUUGCCCCUUGAAAUCACGUACACACUCCAUGUCCACAGGUAUGUGUGACCCCUCUGUGCGGUUGGGUCCCGCAGACGGCACGGGAAGGACCAGUACAGAGCUGAGUGGAGGAUCUGGUGAAGGGAGGCUCUCCUGGAAAGCUCUUGGGAAGCAACUGAAUGCAGAGCUCAAAGGCAAAUGUUCUGAACUCACCUCUUCCCCAAGAAGAGCUUUUGCCCUUCAAGAGCCAGGCAGCCCCAGAGAGCAGAAGGGCAGGGAGAGCUGGACCAGCAGUUUGCCCAGGAUCAGGAGAAGCCCCGGGGGCGCCCCUCCUUUCAGAAGAACCAGCAAUGCCGAAGAAGGACGGGCCUUCUCCGAACUGCAGAAUUCAUACGCCGACGUAAACAUGAUUGCGGCAGACAAUCAACUCAAACCCAAAUCUCGUCUGAAGCCCGUGGCAAACCGGAGGGCCAUGUCUGUUCAUGAAGAACAGCUCAGGGACCAAUCCAGUGCGGUAGAGCUGCACCAUACAAAACUCCCUCUUUGUCUGCAGCGUUCCCCAAUCCUGAAAUGGAAGAUAAAGCCCAAGUCCCUGCUGGAAUCUGAGACACCUGCAUCAUCCGACUCCCCAGGCACUCCACCCCAGGAAAGGACCGUGACAGGCACAGAGUCAAGGCCGAAAGAAGACACGGGCGAAGAGCUGCAACCAGUCCUAGAACAGACUCUUGAGAAUGCGCAGAAUACAGCCCUAGACCAAAGAACUGCUGUGCCACCCCCAAAGUCACCGACACAGGAGCACUAAGUUGGUGUUGGUUGCUCCUGCAUGACAGCAGCUCAAACAAAAAAGGAGCACAGAAUGAAGGCUAAUGACUUGCAGCAGCAGCAGCAGCAGCAGGAAGGUGUGCGCAAUUCGGCACUGGAGGGCAAACAAGCCCCACGGCAGCUCCUUGGUUGCUAAAGCUGGUGGUGUUUCCAGUGAGGGAUGGUGGCGUCCCAACUCUUGCACGUCUUCUGGGCUGUCUCCUUUUUUUCACCUUUUGCUCUUGUAUACUCUUAUGUGAGUGCCCAGUGUUCUAACAGCUCAAGUGGAAAAAGCCAAAAAAAAAGAGGGGGAAACAGCCGAGUCAUCCAGUCAGGCAAUUUCCAGCAGCAGCAGCAGCAGUUGUACACCUGGGAGCUGGUGCAGAUGCGAAAAUGUUACAGUGCCAGAAAAUGAACCACCAGCAGGAAGGAUGGGAGAGGUAUUUUAACAUAUGCUAAACUUUGCAUUGUACUUGGGCAAGAGGGUGGGGCUUGGCCAGCUUGUGGUUUGUAGAAGAAGCAGGGAUGCCGCUAGGCCUCAAAAGCCUGGCUCGUGUUUCUGUCGUUGACAAUCUUACUCCUUCCUUCAGGAUGAAAAAUAAUAAUAAUUCUAUUAUUAAGGACCCUACUUCCUCUGGCCACAUCCCUUUACAGCCUAGGUAUUGCCUAGGAAGAAAACUUCUAGGUGGACACCCAGUGUGGAGUCUGGCAAGGCAGAAACACAUGAGAACACGCAUGUGUGUGCGUGUUGACAGCUUUCAGCAAUUUAAAAUAAAUAAAAGAGAGCCUGGGCCCCCUCCUUCCCACAAUUAAAUGGGGAUGGUUAAUUCAAAUCAGCAGAAUUGUCCUGGUCUCAUUUAUUGUGGCUUUAGGGCUGUUGUGUUUGCUUCCCUUCUGUCUACUACAAGAUCCAACAGUGCCUUGCUGUUACAGGAGUCAGGGCGGGUGGAGGAAGAGAUUAUACUUCAGCACAUGGAAAAGUUGUGCUACGCCUGGUGCUUCUCUUCAGCUCUGCUGCUAAGAUGAUUCACCGCCGGCCCUCAGAUGGAUUUUUCAAGCUCCAUCUUAGUAAGGAACAACUCAUCCGAAUCAAGCAGCUUUAAAGGAACCUUUGAGCGUUUGAUUCCACAGUAAGGGGUUACUGCACAUAUUCAAAAAAAUAAUUCCACAGUAAGGGGUUACUGCACAUAUUAAAGAAAAAUACAUGGGAGGACUGCAGAGAACUAGUAGGUGUAAAUACAGACAAUCUUCUGUGCCGUAUUGAGAGUUAAUGCCCUCAAGUAUAGUGUGUGAACAAGCACUCUCAAGGGCAUACACUCACGAUAUGUGAUGAAGUACAUGUGCUCUGAAUCCUGGUUCUUUCCCGGAAAGGUUUUGGAUACAGGAAACUCAUACUAUAUAUGGAAACCACUUUUCCACAUCCGGUCACUUUCACAUAGGGAAGCAGGAACACAGCAGGAGGCUAGAUCGCUGCUGCUGUGCUCAUAAACCCCCCUCCCCCCACCUUAUAUCCUGGAUAGUGUACAAGCGGGGCCUCUCUUACAGCCUGAAGAGCAGCCUGGGCAGGUGGAAACCUUGUUUCUUCACACAGAUUGUUAUCCAUCUGGCCUAAUAAAAAUGCAACUGCCAAACUCCUAAAGACAAAACCGUUUAGACCCAGAGGAAAUUUUUAUGUAUUGUCCAGGAGACUAAUGCAUGUAUAUU